UUCUAUGAUUAUUAGUUUGAAAUCAUAAAAGAUGACGAUAUCCAAAUCAUUCAAUCGUCUACAUCAACCUGGAAUGACGUACAACUUCUAUAGAGACGCUAAAAGAUUUUAAAUCACAGAAAAGUCACGUGACCAAUUAUCUUUAUUAAUAUUAUGCUAUAUUGUUUAUCUAAACCUUCAAUCUGAUUAUAUUAUUGGAUAGAUAUAUUCUCUCGAAUGAUACUGCGUUUGUUAAAACAAUGGUUAAACACCAAUUAAACUCCAUUAGAUGAUCAGUUAUACCGUUUUACAUAGUUAAUUUUCUAAAUCGCAUUUUGUUUGUGUGCAGCAGAGAAAUAAAAAAAAAUAUAAACAAACAAGAUGAGAUUUUAAUUUGUAUGUAAAAGUAUCAAAAACUUAUCAUAACAAGCUAUAAAACAACAUAUCAAUCAUGUCUUCGGAGAGCAAUCCUGAAGAGGAAAGAACAAAUGAGUUGGUCAACCAAUUAGAAACUGGUGAAUCAAGUAAUAUACUGGAAACAGCAGAUAAAACAACAGAAGAUAAUAAUGACAUAGAAGUUAUACAGAUAAUAUCAAAUAAUACAGAAAGCAAUUCAGACACCGUAACAUCGGUAAAGGAGGAACAAAUAGAUCCAAGCUUAACUGAAUCAAGCAAAAGGCUGAUCGAAGAUGAAGGGGAUGAAGCCAAUAAAAGAGCAAGAACAGAAGAAUCUACAAAUAUAACCACAGAAGGUGUAAACAAAGAAGGAGAUUCAACUGAAACAUCUAAAACUAAUGAAGAAUCAAACACGGCCAAAGAGAAUGGUGAUGCUAUUCAAGAAAAUCCAGCCGAUGAUUCAGCAUCUACGGAAGCAAACAAAUCACAAGACCAAUCAAUACAGAUAAAUGAAAAGGAGGAUUUAGCCAUGAUAGCGAAUGAAUUGGAAAAUGCAACUGAAUCAAACAAAGAUAAAGAAGCAGACAAGGAAUCUGAAGAAGUUAAAUCUUCUGAAGAAACAGUAUUACAUGAUGGGAUUCAAGUACCAGCCAACUCCGAAUUAUUAAAUACCAGUACUGCAUUAGCAGCAUAUAAAGCAUUAUCAAGUCAAUUACCACCAUUAGCCAUAUUAGCCAAUGCUCAAAUGGCAGCAUUACCACUUCCUAUUGUUGCUGCUGAUUAUUUACCACCCAGAAUUCAAUUAUUAGUCAAUACGUUACCAACAUUAGACAAUUUAGCAACCCAAUUAUUAAGAGUGAUUGCUCUUGGACCAUAUCAAAAAAUCAUUGAUUUAGCAUCAAAUCCAGAAACUCCAGCUGGUGCCACAUUUAGAGAUUUAACCUCUCUUUUUGAAUUCACCAAGAGAUUAUAUUCUGAAGAAGAUCCAUUUUUAACUGUGGAACAUUUGGCACCUGGUAUGUGGAAAGAAGGUGAUAAAACUCCAAGUAUGUUUAGAAAUAGAGAACAAAGUAUUGAAUCUACAUUAAGAAAAGUUAAUUUGGCUACAUUCUUAUCAGCAACUUUGGGUACGAUUGAAAUUGGUUUCUUCUACUUGAAUGAAUCAUUUUUGGAUGUAUUCUGUCCUGCUAAUAAUUUAGAACCAAAUAAUGCAUUAUCAAAUAUGGGUUCAAAUAGUAUGAGUUUACAAAGUGGGAUUAAUACUGCUAUAGGUGAAAAAGUAGGUAAAUUAUUAAAACCUCAAGCUGAAUUAUACUUGGAUUUGAAAACUCAAGCCUAUAUAUCCGCUAUUGACGCUAGAGAAAGAUCAAGAGAAGAAAUAUUGGAAGAUAUUUUACCGUCUAAUUUGGAUGUAAUCUUAUUAUCCCGAAGAGCCAUUAAAGUCCUUUCACCCAUUGAAGCUGAUUUUAUAGAAAGAUGUAGAUCAAGAAAGGAUAUUUUAUUAUCUUAUGAUACUGAUAGAAAUUUAAGUGAAGAAUAUGAUUGGUUUACAUUCUUAAAGGUGUUAUUUGAUUAUGUGGCUAAGAAUAUGGGGUUCUUGAUUUGGGGUAAGAAGGGAAGACCGACCAAGGGAAGAAGUCUUAAUGAUGGCGAAACCACUCCUCAUAGUCAAGAAUUAUUAAGUGGCAGUACCACAGAACCUAUUGGGAAUACUACUCCCUCUGACGAAAAUGUUCUCAUCAGUCGUCCUUCUACGACUACCAAUGUUGAUAUCAAUGCUAAUUCAGAAAUGAAAUCUAAGGAUAUUAAUGAUAUAAUGAAUGCAUUAUUACCAUCAGAAAUAGCAGAACAACAAAUCCAUUUAAGAAUCAAUCCAAAUCCGUCUAACAAGACCCAAGCAAGAAGACCAUGGACAAGAGAAGAAGAAAAAGCAUUAAGACAUGCCUUAGAAUUAAAAGGUCCACAAUGGUCUACUAUUUUAGAAUUAUUUGGUAAUGGUGGUAAAAUAUCAGAAGCAUUAAAGAAUAGAUCUCAAGUUCAAUUAAAGGAUAAAGCCAGAAAUUGGAAGAUGUUUUUCUUAAAGAGUGGAUUACCAGUUCCAGCCUAUUUACAAAGAGUAACUGGUGAACUUGAAAGAGAUGAUAAAUUAAAGGGUAAUAAGAGAGGUAAUAAGAAUAAGAAAACUGCUGCUGCUCCAGUUCCAAGUGUUCAACAACAUCAAUCUUCACAAUCACAACCUCCAUCACAAUCACCACCUGUACCACCUACUAUAGCACAAUCUACAAGUCCAUAAACUGUUUGAUACUCUACUUAUAUAUGUAAUAAUGAAAACCAAGACAAUUUAAAAGUUGGAACAAAGAUGUAAUUGUAACUGCAUAAAAUGACAAUCACCUCUCGUAAAUUUAUUUUUUGGGAUGAUUUUGUGAGAGAAAUGAUUUUUAACAUGGCACUUCCUAAUUAGGCAACCCAUGUCAUUAGUUUUAGAAUAUGUAAGAUUUGUUUCAGAUGUAUGAAAGACCCUUACUCCAAACUAAAUCUUUGUUUUAGAUAGAUCUACAUCUAGCCUUUCACAAUUUCUUUUUUUUGGAUUUAUUUUAUUUUAUAUGAUUCACGUUUUUUAAGCUGACUCUUGUGGGUAUAAUUUUUAUUUUUUAAUACAUGUUUCGAAACAAAUGUA